AUGGUAGGAAAGGAGAGAGGAUGAUGCCAAGUUUGAAGAUUUGCAUAAGAUUUUUCCUUUUCUCACAAAUAGGACAGUUUGGUAAGCAGACAUGACAUCAGAGGAAGCCUAGAUUUGGGGCUUAGCUCCCUUUGUUGGAUUGAGGUUGACUCUCUCUCUCUCCCACACACACACACACCCACACACAUGCACUUUCUCUCUCUUCACUUUACCUUAUUCAUAUUACACUUUUUUUUUUGUUUAUUUUUUUGCCACCGGCCAGCCAUAAACGCCAUACCUAUUCAUUUCUUAUUUGCUUUCCCUUUACUGUUUCUCUCUCUCUCUCUCUCUAACUGGUUUCCUUCAUUGCAAACCAACCCUUCUUUUUAGCUUAUUCUGGUCCUUCCCUGCACCUCAGCCACAAUACCGCCCCAACCAUUUCACCACCUUUAGUUUUUCUCUUCUAAAAAAUCUACCGUUUUUCUCUCUCCCUCUAUAUUUUUCCCAUCAAAAUAACAUUUUUGUCUGGCAUUCCCUUCCAAUUUCUGUUUUUUUUUUUUUUAAUAUUUUACCCUUUGAGUUUUUAUUUAUUUAUUUUAAGUGUGGCCCACUUGUUACCUACUGGUGUGCCACUACAUCUUUUGCAACAUCAGGAUUUCUGUUGUAGGGUAUGUGUGUUGCUCAGCCUCUGCUAUUCUUGCGCCUCUCUAUGCACAUUUGAGUCUCUUGUCGGUUCAAAAUGAAGUGUGAAACAUUUUGCUUCUUUGGGUGCUCAAGGUAGAAGAUCCAGGACUCUAGCUUCCUUGGAUCAGCACGAAGAUAUGCGUUUCAAAGCCUUGAGUAAAGGGGAGUAAGCACUUAACUUGAUUCUUGUACUAUGGUGGGAAUGUCUUAGUUCUACCAGCUGAAGAACUUGGUAGACGAAAUUGAUUAACUUGGUGUAACCGAUUAUGUCAGCCAACAGUUCUUUGAAUGUGGAAUUGUCAAAGAAGACGUCAUUUUUGGGUUUGAAACGAUGGGUUUUGAUUGGGAUAGGUGUUGGGGCAUUUAUAGUGUUGAUUCUUUGUGCAUUAUCAAUAUGGGUGAUGUUUCGGAGAAAAUCUAGAAGAUCUCUGGACAAGUACUCUCUAUCCCAAAUACCAAAUGUCUCAAAAGAUAUCGAUGUUGACAAGGUUGGGGUGCAGAGUUCUCAUGUUGAACCAGAAAAUGUGUUUAUUCCUGUUGUUCAUGAUAAGGCAAGUGAUAAGAGUUCAGAGAAUGUAUCAGUUCAUUUGGGAAAGAGCAAAUCCGGUGAUCCUGAUAGUAUCAGUCAAUGUAGCUCAAUUUAUCAUCAUGAGAGAGGGUUUAGUUCAUUGUCAGCGGAAGAAGGAAGCUCUGGGAAUGUUAAGAAGCAAUCUACGUUGUCACAUGGAGGGCUGGUGGCUGCAUCUCCUUUAGUUGGAUUGCCCGAAUUUUCUCAUCUUGGGUGGGGCCACUGGUUUACUCUUAGAGAUCUGGAACUGGCAACCCAUCGUUUCUCUACUGAGAACAUUAUUGGCGAGGGUGGGUAUGGGAUUGUUUACAGGGGCAGGCUGAUCAACGGAACUGAGGUUGCAGUGAAGAAACUUCUUAACAACUUGGGACAAGCUGAGAAAGAAUUCAGGGUUGAAGUGGAGGCUAUAGGCCAUGUUAGACAUAAGCAUCUGGUGCGCUUGCUUGGGUAUUGUGUAGAAGGAGUUCAUAGGCUGCUUGUGUAUGAAUAUGUGAACAAUGGUAACUUAGAACAGUGGUUACAUGGGGACAUGCACCAACAUGGGACACUUACCUGGGAGGCCCGCAUGAAAGUUAUACUUGGCACUGCAAAAGCGCUUGCUUAUUUGCAUGAAGCAAUAGAACCAAAAGUUAUUCACCGGGAUAUAAAGUCUAGCAACAUAUUGAUUGAUGAUGAAUUCAAUGCAAAAGUUUCUGAUUUUGGUUUGGCCAAACUUUUGGAUUCAGGAGAAAGUCACAUAACCACUAGAGUAAUGGGAACAUUUGGUUAUGUGGCACCAGAAUAUGCUAAUAGUGGUUUGUUAAAUGAGAAGAGUGACAUUUACAGCUUUGGUGUCCUCUUGCUGGAAGCAGUUACUGGAAGGGACCCAGUAGACUAUGCACGUCCUGCUAAUGAGGUUAAUCUAGUUGAAUGGCUCAAAAUGAUGGUGGGGUCAAGGAGGGCAGAGGAAGUUGUGGACUCCAAGCUUGAAGUUAAACCACCAGCACGCGCUCUAAAGCGUGCCCUUCUGGUUGCACUUAGGUGUAUUGAUCCGGAUGCAGACAAGAGGCCUAAAAUGAGUCAAGUUGUUAGGAUGCUCGAAGCUGAUGAAUAUCCAUUUCGAGAGGAUAGAAGGAAUAGAAAGAGUGGCACUGUCAACAUGGAAAUUGAAACAGCGAAGGAUAAUUCUGGUCCAUCUGAUGCUGAAAAGAUUGGGCAUUCUGAAAGCAACAUGGGGGAAACAACUCAAGGAUAGGAUUUGAUAACACAUCACUUAACCUGCAUGUACAAUUGCCGUUGUACCCUUUCCAAUAACUUAUUUAUACCAUAUAUCUCCAAGUUUGUGUCGUUAAGAAAAUUUUGCUGCAUCUGAGAAUAGAAUCAGAUCAGAGAGAGCCCAUUUGGAUAAUGAAGUUUUUUCUUUUUAUUUUUGGUUUAAAUAUUCAAUGGAACCAUUUAAUAACAUGAUACCCCAACUUUGCAAAGAGGUUAGAAUCAGUGUGAGUGUGAGUGUGAGUGUUAAUGUUGUACAGAUGUCUGCGGGGCCUAUUUUCUCCUUACAUGAUUGUUGAUUUUAUUUUUUAUAACACUUUUGGCUAUAUCCUUGCAUGCUGCUAGAGAGUGGCGAUAGUGAAAACUAAUA